CGUUUGACGUGUUUUUAAAAGAAAAGAGGUUUUAACGGUUGUGUUGGUUGUUAUCAAAUAAAUAUUAAUAUGUCUACAAAUGUACGGAUUAUUUUUAUUAUCCCCGAAGAAUAUAAUAGUGAAAACCAAUGUUCGGAAGUAAUGCAAUCUGCGUUUCAAGCAUGUAAAGGAAAUUCUAUGAAUGUUGAAUGGAUUAGAGAUGGUAACAGUUUCACAGAAGCCGAACUACAAAAGACAGAAUUUGUUGUAUUUGAUAAAUUUGAAGGGAGUUGUUACGAAAAAAUUAAAGAUUCGAAAGCAAGAAUCGUUGGUGCAUAUUGUUUGUUAAUUUGUUUAACCGAUGGACGUCCAGUACCAAAUUUUUCUUGGCCAGUAUUUAAUAUGGCAAUGUCAGAUUGCGUUGUUUGCACCUCACAUAUUAAUAAAUCAAAACGAGAUUGUCUUAAAGAAAAAAUCCAGUUGAUGGGUGGUAAAUUUACUGAGGGAUUAUUUGAACCUAACACACAUUUAAUAACUGAUAGUGUUAAAACUGAAAAAUAUGUUAAAGCUGCGGAGCUGGGUUUAAAAAUAAUGUUACCUGAUUGGGUGGAUGUUGUUUGGGAAUUGUCUCAAACAGAAAACGUUCAUUGCAACGAUCAACGAUUUAAAACAUAUUCUUGUCCAACUUUUAAAAAUUUAAAAAUAAGUACUACUGGUUUUACGAAUAUGGAGGAACGGGAGAAGUUAAAAAGGUUAAUUACUGAGAAUGGAGGUACUUAUUCCGGACAAUUACAUUGUGCUACUACAGAUAUACUUAUUUGUAAUGGUCCAACAACUUCGGAUAAAUACAAAGUAGCUAGGAAAACAAAUAAAAUAAAAUGCGUUUCUUACGAUUGGUUAUUAGAUAGUGUAAGAAACGGUUAUGCACUUAAAGUGGAAGAAUAUACAAUUAAAAAACCGACUUCCACUCCAACGAAAAAUCGUGAAAACAUAAAUCCUGAUUUCUCAGUGAUGAGUGCGAUUAGUUCCGUAACGCCUUACCUGAGUGUUUUACAAGAAACCGUAAACUUAUCUAUGUCGAACUCAAAUUCAUCACUUUCUCAAACAAGAAAGAGAAGAAGUUCUACAUUAAAUGAUGUUAAUGAUAUCAUCGAUGGAAUUGAUAUAAAGUCGGUUAAACAAGCUGGAAGUUUUUUAGACGGGUGUUGUGUUUUUAUAGCGGGAUUUUCACCGGAUCAACGCGAAAAGGUUUCAAGAAUUUUAAAUUUGGGAGGUGCAACAAGAUACGAUCAAUUAUCUGAUCGGAUAACUCAUAUAAUUGUUGGUGAUCCCACAUUAAACGAUGCCCGCGCUUUGUAUAAAAAACAUUCCGCCCCCGUCGUUAGUUUGGAGUGGUUGUGUGAAUGCAUUCGGACACAAUCCGUGGUCCAGGAGGAUGAAUAUAUUGUUAAUUUGCAAACGCGUGCAUCUCCCAAUGUUACCGAUUCACCAAUUUCACAAAAAGGUUUAAAGUUAUUGAGAUGCGGAUUAUCGAAAGAAAUUUCAAAUUCCGAAGAUAAAAAAGAGGAAACGACUACUAACCCAACUGAUGAUUUUAAUGAUAUAAAUAGCGAAAUUCUUCAGCAGUAUUUAAACCCAGCUUUAACAAACCAGGAAGAUAGAAUAGCUCAGUUCCUUCAAAAUAAUCAUUUUAAUUCAAAACAAAUUGAUGAUAAAUCAUCCACUUUAAAAGAAUCGGACAAAACUCAAUCAUCGAGGAAAGUUUUAAUCGCUGGAAAUCCAUCAAAUAUUUCAGUUUCGGAAACUGAAGAUGAUUUAACCGAACAACCAACAUUUUUUAAUCGAAUCAAAGUUGCAGUUGCGUUGUUCGAUGAGGAUCAAAUGGGUAUGAUUCGAAAUUGUAUUGAAGAAAAAGGAGGUGAAACGAUAUCGAUUAAUAAUGAUGAUGAAUUGGCUCGUUUAAAUUUAAACGACGUCGAUUUUAUCGUUGUUCCCGCUUUUAUUUAUAAAAAUUUUAAAAAAAAUUAUAAAAAAAUUUGUGAUGUUGCCUCAAGGGAUGCUAAAAUUGUUACCGAAUUUUUUAUAACCGAUUGUAAUCAAAAUUUGGAAAUUGUUUCGAUCGAGUAUUAUCAUAAACCGGUUAUUCUAAAAAAUAUAACUGAAGAUAAUUCAGAAAAUGGCCCCUUACACGGAAAGGUAGUUACAAUUUCAUCAUAUUCCGGUACAGAAAGAUGUUUCUUAGCGGAUUUAGUUGAUAGACUUGGUGCUAUUUAUCAAGAACAAUUAUGCAGAGUUAAUAGGAAAGAUAUAUUAGCUUCAACUCAUUUAAUUAACCCAAUUGCUGAGGGGAAAAAAUACGAAGCCGCUGUUAAGUGGGGACUUCCCGUUAUUACAAAAGAUUGGCUUUUAGAUUGUUGUAAAAGUGGCAAAUUAAAAUGGGAAGGAAAUUAUUUAGUUGGAAGUUCUAAAGCGCCAACAAAACCUAUUGAAUCAGAAUCAGAAUCUGAUGUGUCGUCGGAAUCUGAAAUUGAAUCGAAUAAUGAUUCCGAAUUAGAAUUAAAAUCACCUAAUAAAUUAAAAGAAAAUGUCGAUACUAAUAUACAAAAAAAAUUAAUUAAUAAGAUUUGUGAAGAUUCGCCGCAAGUUCCGAGUGAAAUUACUCCGUUUAAAGACAUUGCUAAACGAUUUGAGGGAGAUCUUAAAAAAGGUGUAAUUAAUAAGAUUUGUGAAGAUUCGCCGCAAGCUUCGAGUCAAAUUACUCCGGUUAAAGACAUUGUUAAACGAUUUGAGGGAGAUCUUAAAAUAAAUUUGUCCGCUUUAACUCCCCCACUGCCUAAAUUAUACAAUGAAGUUGACACGCCUGAAACACCAUAUGGAAAUUUUUUGAAAUCAAAUCCAUCUCCGAGAUUACGUAAACAAUGUUUGCAAUGGAUUAAUUCACUUCCAUACACUAAACCAAAACCGUUAAGUACCCCCUUUUCUGAAUUAAAACGAAGAUUAUGGAAGAAAAUUUUACACGAAGAUGAAACUCCCAAAAAAAUCCCGCAACCUAAUUUUGAAUUAACCCCGGAAGGAACCACCGAUGAAAUUAAUUUAAGUAGUAUUUUAAAUAAAAAUGAAACUCAGGAGGAGUCAAAUGAUACCCCGCGGAAAGCUUUAAUAAACAGUAAUUUAGAUAAAUUGCAAAGAAAAAUAUCGAUGUCAAAUAACCAAAAUAGUUUAAUCCGAAAAAAAUCGAAUUUUAAUCAAGAAUCUUGUAGUGAAUCAGUUACGGAAAUUAAAAAUUCUCAAGCAGGGACUGUUGGUUGGGAGGAGUAUUCGCAAAAGGAAAAAAAACAAGAACAGAUUCCUACGCCAGUAUUUAUGCUAUCAACAAUCGAAAAUGAAUUAAGAAAAAACCUAAUAAAACAAAUCGGAGAAUUAGGAGGAAAAGUGUCAACUUUACCAUUUUACGAUCCCGACGGAACGCAUCUUUUAGCACCGAAACCACAGCGUACAGAAAAAAUGUUAUCCUGUAUAGCAGCUGGGAAAUGGAUUCUUCAUCCAUCGUAUAUUGAAGCGUGCACGAAAGAAAAUCGAUUUUUAAAUUGUGAACCAUUCGAAUAUGGAAAUCCAUCAGCGAAUAAGGAUAUAACGGUACAAUUUGAUAAAGAUAAAAAGCUUUGGAUGGAACCUUUACAUUAUUGGAGAGUUGAAGUAGCUAAAAGAGGAUAUGGAGCUUUCCACGACAUGAGAGCAAUAAUUUUUGCUGCUAAGCGAGAUGCUAUGGUGAGGAUAAUCGAGGCUGGUGGUGGGAUGGUUGUAAAUGCUACCGCACCUUUUGAAGAUAAUAUCUACGCAACUCAUUGUUUAAUUGAUCCGAAAAUAGUAACCGAUUUUUCUUCUUUUAUCCCCCUUGCAAAACAAGGGAUAUUUUGUGUAAAUAUUACCUUUAUUUCCGAUUUUCUUUAUCGGAACGUAAGAGAUGAUCGGGAUGCGUGUUUACCAGAGUUAGCUAAAUAUUAUCAAGAUUAAAAUUAGUUUUAUUUAAUUCAGGUUUAUACAAAUAUCUAUUAAAGUGUUUGAUUUAAAAUUUGUAUUUUAAAAUUAAAUGGAAAAUACGACUGGAAUUGCAAAAUUGUGUUACUCAGAAAGUAAUAUUGAACCGAUUACCAACAACAGUUACAUCAAAUCUAUUGGGUAUGUAAGAUGGCUUUCAUGCAGAACAAUUGUGGCGAUAAAGUCCAUAUAGCGUGAUUAUUUAUCUUCAAUUCGUAAAACUUUGGGGAAAAAAAACAUUUCUCUAAUCGUAUAUAAACAAGAUUGUUUCCGCCGUUUCGUUAUCAGUAAUUAUUUAAGUGUGAACGAGACGAUUUCGUUUUCGGUGUGUUCGAUACGAUUAUAACAUUUAAAAUGUUAAAACUAGUUUUAUUAAAAUUUUAAUAUCAUAAAGUUGAAUGAAAGGAGUUAAUCCUUGAUCUCAGUUUUUGCUUUUAUUAUAAACCUUUCAAUGAUGUUCGUAUUGUUAGUAUUACACAAAGAAAUACUUUAAUUCAAGGUUUUAAAACGAUGUUAAUUGUUUCGAAAUUAAUCAAAAUACAUUUUUUAUUAACAA